GAGGCUGCUCUGCAGCACGCUCAGCCCUGUCUCUGGGAAGACAGCAGCUCUGCAGCCAGUGAGACUGUGAGGUGUGUGCUGGAGGAGGAGGAGGAGGAAAGCUACAGACAGCAUUGUGUCAGCUGCAGUGCACCACCGUCUGGAGACAAGCCAGCAGCCCAGGGUGCGAGUGUAAGCUCCACGGAUCCGGAGGGUGUAGACCAUGGGACCUCUGCAAGACGGCAAGAAAAUGCAAGACAAAGAGAUUGCCCGCAGCCGCAUCCCCCGCCUGGUUCUGCGGCCUUACUUGCCAAAGCAAAAAGUUUCACCAUCUUCUGAGUCCCCAUUCUCAGAAGAAGACAGCAAAGACUUCAACUUGACCUCAAGUCGAUCUGCAAGGACCAUAAGUAACAACAGCUUCUGCUCAGAUGAUACAGGCUGCCCCAGUAGUCAGUCUGUGUCCCCAGUCAAGACGCCCUCUGAUGCUGGCAUGAGCCCAAUGGGAUUCUGCACCAGAAGUGAGGAUGACUACAGCCACAAGAGAGUCAGUGUCGGAACUUUUGCAGAUGGAAACGUUCAGCCGGCUCGAUACAAAAAGGAACUGAAGAGCGGUUUCCUGAAGACAGGAAGUGAAGCAGACUUCAGUUCUUCUAGCAGUACCGGCAGCAUAUCUGCUCCAGAGGUUCAUAUAAAUGCUGUGUCCGGAGGCAAGAAGACGUCGUUCUCACGCAAGCUGCCUUACCGUACCGAGCCCCAGAAACGUGUCUCCAGGAGUACCACUGAGAGCUCGCUAAGGCCCCAAGCACACGGCCGUAUUCGGGAUCCGUGUCGCGUCCCAUUCUCCCCCAACGUCCAUAGUCGUGUCUCCCAUGGACGAAGUCAUACAUGCUCCUCGACAAAGCCUGUGCACAGUCCCCCUGUCUCGCGUGAGAAGGAUCUUUUUUCAGUUCUCUGCAGAAACCAGACUACCCCAAUAAAUGUUCAUGAUGCCUACGGUGUGUCUUCUCCGAGCAGCAGUAACUCUGGGUCCUACAAGGGCAGCGAUACCAGCCCUACUCUACGACGUACCAUGAGAUAUGCAUCUUGUGGUGAUAACCACGGCAUCAAGCCGCCGUCUCCUGAACAAUAUCUGACCCCACUUCAGCAGAAGGAAGUCUCUAUACGGCACCUGAAAGCAAAGUUAAAGGAGUCACAGGGCACCCUGGAGGAAAGGGAAACAGAAAUAGAAGACCUAAAAUCUCAGCUCGCUCGCAUGAGAGAAGACUGGAUUGAAGAGGAAUGUCAUCGUGUGGAAGCCCAGCUCGCCUUGAAAGAAGCCCGGAAGGAAAUCAGACAACUAAAGCAGUUCAUUGAGACCAUGAAAAACAGUUUAGCUGAGAAGGAUAAAGGAAUUCAGAAAUAUUUUAUAGACAUUAAUAUUCAGAACCGGAAGUUGGAGACUCUGCUGCGUAGCAUGGAGCUGGCUCAAGAUGGGGCAUUUAGAGAUGACUCGUGUUUGGACUACAUAUGUAACUCUCCAGGGGCGUCUCUUACAGAAAGUGCCAUUUACGAUAAAAUGUCGGAUGCACUUCUAAUGGAAGACCAAGCAAUGGAGGAAAUGGCAGAUUGUGACCUCCUGAAUGAUGAUCUGGCAAACAGAGACUGUUUGUAUGAUGAUGUCGUCAUGGACACCAUGAGUGAUGAAAGUCUGACAAAUUUGAAUUCUACCACAUUGCAGGGCAAGGUCAGCUUUGAAAAGGACAGGGAGAAAUUUAAUUCCAAAAGGGCUCAAGGUUCAAGUUGGAUGGAACAGGCAAUCCAGACCGAUAUUGUUCCUUACAGCCUUGAUCUUGAAAAUCUCAUCCUGAAGAUCUUCAAAUCUCAUAAUGACAAGCUGAUUGGUCAGUCUUCUGUUUUGCAGGGGCUCCAAUUGAAGUGUUCUACUAACUUAAUAGAUUUGACCCCCGAUGAUCCAAAUUCUGCCAUACUUCUCUCCCCGGAUUCUCAGAACAAUGAUUCUCUUCUAAUUCCCAUGUCAAACCGUGCUAUGAAAGAACUUGAUUUUGAUGGACCUUCAGUUCAGCUGCCAAGUACAGACACGGCACAGACCUGUGUAGCCGAGAAACACUGGAGUGACCAUUUUUUGACCGACUUCCUGGCUGUGGCUGUGCCUGUAAUUCCUUCAGUUUUAUGGGCAUUCACUACCCAAAGAGGAAAUCCUGACCCGGUGUAUAACUUUGGUACGAUGAUGCGAGGUUGUUGCUUGAUGGCUCUACAUACUCUUCGGAAAACCUCAACCAACACUUAUAUUUAAUUCUUGACGUUUUGUAGAACUUUGACCUAUACCAUCGACUGAACAGUGUCCUGUUCUACUGCUUAAAGGGGAAACUGUUCUCCCAGUUUUUUUAAUCUCUUAAAAAGGACCCACUAUGUUCCAAAUUUUUGUUUUGCUUUUGUUUGGUACUCUCUAUGGCUUGUUUGAUAGAUUCACAACCAAAAAGCUAAAUAUAUAGCUCUGGGAUUUGAGAAAUAUUGACUACUAUAAAGCCUUAUUCAGAUAGGUGUUUUGUACCAGUGACUGUCCAUAUUCUAGACAUAACACCUGGAUCCAUAGUGGGUCUGCUGGAACUGAGCUUACAGCAGCAUAGCCGUCUGAUUCGGUUCCAGUAGAGGAUCCUGAUGUUGCAUCCAAACUACAUAUGGUUGAAAGUGUACAAUGCGCUUGUCUGAAUGAGUUUUUACUCAUUUGCCAUCUCUGAUGCAACACUGCCAGAAUAUAAUGUUAGUGUGUUACUUCCCCUUUAAUGACAUUUGCUGUGAUGCAUAGAGCACUUACUAAAUUGAAUAAAUUUCAAUUUGGCACUUUUGCACCUAAAAUGGUUUUCAUUUGCACUUUACGUUUCUUAUUAAAUACAAAAGAAAAAAGAAAAAAUAAUUCACUUUAGGUUUCUUACUAAAUGCAAAAGAAAAAAUAAUGAAUUGAUAGCUUUCCCUUUCCUUCAUAAAUUGCACUGAAUUUGUAAAGG